UUUUAGGCUCGAUAUCACUGUGCUAAAAUUUCGAAAAUGUCAAAAAUGGGGACGAUCAGUUCGGAUACUGAUCCGGACACAGUGACAAUUUUGCAUCGUCGUGGUCCAGCACAAAGAACAUUACGAACAGCAGCAGAGUUAAAUGCAGCACAACGGCGUGGAAUGGCUAUUGAGACAUCGAAGAAAAUGAUGGCUGGUGGUAAUAGACAACAUCAUGCGACAAAAAAUACUGCAAGAUUGGAUGAAGAAACUGAGGAGUUACAUCAUGAGCGUGUUUCGCUGACACUUGGCAAGGUGAUGCAACAGGCGCGACAGGCUAAAGAAUGGACACAGAAAGAUCUGGCUACUCACAUCAAUGAAAAGCCGCAAGUAGUGGCGGAGUAUGAAAAUGGUAAAGCUGUCCCUAAUCAGCAGAUUCUAGCAAAAAUGGAACGAGCGCUAGGUGUAAAGUUGCGUGGUAAAGAUAUGGGUCAGCCACUGGUUAACAAAAGCGCACCAGUCAAAAAGAAGUGAAGUGACUAUUGGCGCCUUUUUAUUGGAAAAACACGUGUUUCACAUGAAAUCAUAUUAUACGGAGUCAUUAAUAUGGAGUAAUUUGUUUUUUCUACUCACCAUUUCGAUGACCUCUCAGCCGUACCAGCUACACCAAUGGAUAAAACUUGAUAUCCUUAUAUUCCUUUUUCAUGAUUUCAUGAAAUUUAAUCCAAUUAUAUGAUCGUUCUUAAGUGCUCAAUUCAUUUGAAUUGGUAUGGAUUUUUUUUUUUUUUUGACACCGGCAUUAUAAAAAUGAAGGACUUAGCGGC